UUAAUUUCUUCUUUUCUGUCAAGCAGUAAAGUAUAUAAAGGGGCAAAGAUCCAAAUACAACAGAAAGAACACAUAAUAAGAAGAGAAUAAUGGCUUCGUUUGAUUCAUUCAACAUUGACGGCGGCUAUGAGGAAGCUACAGUGGAUCACGUCGAUCCCUACGGAUUCGGGUCGGAUCCGUACCCGAACCAAUCAUCAACUCCUUUCGACGAUACCUCCUCGGAAGUUCCGAUCUCAAACGGAAAUAGUGGGGCCUACGAUCUCGGCGAUGGAAUAUUCAACUCCGAUGGACCUGUACUUCCUCCUCCUACGGAAAUGCGUGAGGAAGGCUUUGCCUUACGCGAUUGGCGAAGGCAAAACGCUAUCCGUCUUGAGGAGAAUGAGAACAGGGAAAAAGAAAUCAGAAACCAAAUUAUUGAGGAAGGUGAAGAGUUUAAGAAAGCAUUCUAUGAGAAAAGAAAGCUUAAUAUUGAGACCAAUAAGACCAAUAACCGAGACAAAGAGAACUUGUACUCAAUUAAUCAAGAAAAGUUCCACAAAGAAGCUGACAAACAAUACUGGAAAGCUAUAGCGGAGCUCAUUCCUAAUGAGGUUCCUAGUAUCGAGAAGAAGGGACGGAAGAAGGAUCAACAAAACAAGCCAUCCGUCGCAGUCGUCCAAGGGCCCAAACCUGGAAAACCUACAGAUCUUGCAAGGAUGCGACACAUCUUAGUGAAGCUUAAGCACAACCCACCACCUCAUAUGUUGCCACCACCUCCCGCCCCUGCCAAGGAUGUCAAAGCUGGGAAGGAAGGAAAAGAUGCAAAGGGUGGGAAAGAUGUCAAGAACACUAAAAAAGAUGCGGCAGCUGACGGAGCUGCAGCUGCUGCUGGUGAUGCACCUGCUAGUGAUUCCAGUGUUGCUCCUCAGACAUCAGAACCACCUCCUGCUGCUGUGAAUGAUCAACAUGCUACCUAAUUAUUGUCCAAUUGUAUAAUUUGUUGUGUGUUUUCCUCUAUAAAUUUCUUUCUUGAUCAUGAUUUUUUUGACACUAGAUAUUCUGUGCUUUUCUCACAUCCCAUUGGUUCGAGGCAGCUGCAGCUGCAUUUUGUUAUUCUGAAUAUCAUAAUCUUUUAUUGUAUUAUUGGAGUCCAGACGAUUUCCAUGUUCAUAGGAAGCUUUCUCUCUC